GCCGCCCGGACCAGCGGGACUGGGGCCCUGCGACGGCGCCGCUCGGACUCUCGGCCCAGGACUCGCCGCCCCGCCGUCGUUCCUCUGCCGACGCUGCUCUCGUCUUAAGCCCGCGCGCCCUCACCCGCGACCUCGCUCCUCAGCGGGAGGGCCGCGAUGGAGGUCCCGCCCCGGCUCUCCCAUGUGCCGCCGCCAUUGUUCCCCUCCGCUCCCGCUACUUUAGCCUCCCGCAGCCUCUCCCAUUGGCGGCCGCGGGCGCCGCGGCAGCUCGCCCCGCUCCUCCCUUCGCUCGCUGCCAGCGCCGCCCGGCAGGGGGCGCGCCGGGCCCAGCGCCACGUCACCGCGCAGCAGCCCUCGCGAUUGGCGGGCGGGGCGGCUAUAAAGGGAGGGCGCAGGCGGCGCCCGGAUCUCUUCCGCCGCCAUUUUAAAUCCAGCUCCAUACAACGCUCCGCCGCCGCUGCCGCCGCGACCCGGACUGCGCGCCAGCACCCCCCGGCCGACAGCUCCGCCGCCAUGGAGGACAUGAGCGAGUACAGCAACAUAGAGGAGUUCGCAGAGGGAUCCAAGAUCAACGCGAGCAAGAACCAGCAGGAUGACGGUAAAAUGUUUAUUGGAGGCUUGAGCUGGGACACGAGCAAGAAGGAUCUGACCGAGUAUCUGUCCCGGUUUGGGGAAGUGGUGGACUGUACGAUUAAGACGGACCCGGUGACCGGAAGAUCGAGAGGAUUCGGAUUCGUGCUUUUCAAAGACGCGGCUAGUGUGGACAAGGUGUUGGAACUGAAGGAACACAAACUGGAUGGCAAAUUGAUAGACCCCAAAAGGGCCAAAGCUUUAAAAGGGAAAGAACCGCCCAAAAAGGUGUUUGUGGGUGGAUUGAGCCCAGAUACUUCGGAAGAACAAAUUAAAGAAUAUUUUGGAGCCUUUGGAGAGAUUGAAAAUAUUGAACUUCCCAUGGAUACAAAAACAAAUGAAAGAAGAGGAUUUUGUUUUAUCACAUAUACAGAUGAAGAGCCAGUAAAGAAAUUAUUAGAAAGCAGAUAUCAUCAAAUCGGUUCUGGGAAGUGUGAAAUCAAAGUUGCACAACCCAAAGAGGUAUACAGGCAGCAACAGCAGCAACAAAAAGGAGGAAGAGGUGCUGCAGCUGGUGGACGAGGUGGCACUAGGGGUCGUGGACGAGGUCAGGGCCAAAACUGGAACCAAGGAUUUAAUAACUAUUAUGAUCAAGGAUAUGGAAAUUACAAUAGUGCCUAUGGUGGUGAUCAAAACUAUAGUGGCUAUGGCGGCUAUGAUUAUACUGGGUAUAACUAUGGGAACUAUGGAUAUGGACAGGGAUAUGCAGACUACAGUGGCCAACAGAGCACUUACGGCAAGGCAUCUCGAGGGGGUGGCAAUCACCAAAACAAUUACCAGCCAUACUAAAGGAGGACAUUGGAGAAAACAGCGGGAACUUCAUUGCAGGCCGUGUGUCACCCUGACCACGUCUAUCUCUGGGGGUCGCACGUUGCGGGCAGAGCGCAAGGCAUACACCAGAAAACGCUGUCCUGUGGUAUGGUCUCUUCCAACUUCAUGUACCAGCGUAAAGAUUAAAGUGGAAAACUUCAGACUUUGGCUUCUUUUUUAAUCUUUUUGAAGAUUAAGUGUCUAAACUUAACUUAAAUGGUUUUUUACAGGAGUUAAAGUACAUAAAUGCCUUUUUACAGCUUAAUCAUUUUGGUCUUCUGUUUAGUGUUGUAUUUCAAUUGUGGAGCCUCAUUUUAAGUGUUCAUUCUUUAAGAUUUAAUGCUUGCUUUUUCUUUUUAUAGCUAAUAGUGAAAUCUACAAACCAAAACAAGAACUUUAAAAUCUGGGAUAUAAAUUAAAGAUCAUAUGCACAAAGCAAUUUGUUUUCUUAAAAUAUAAAAGCUUACUAGAAAUUAACUUUUGUAAGAGGGAUUUUUGGCUUACUAGAGAUCCUUCUAGUAGACCUUAAUCUAGCACAGCUUAACCUGUGAAAUGGGAAGAUUGCAUUCCCCAAUUCCUUAACUAAGUUAACUAUCAUUUGGGAACUCCAGGGUGAAUUUAUUAAUGACCCAAAUUACAUUUUGCAAUUGAGUAUGCAUGUGAUCUUUAAUUAUUGAAGAAAAGAAUAAAUUGAGGACUUAAAACAAUUCAUGAAAGUGGACCUUUGAAAGCUUUCAGAGUUGCACAAAUCUAAUUGCUAUUUUGUUUUUGUUUUUAGGAGGAAAUUGCUAAAGUUAACCCAUCUUGCAGGACGACAUUGAAGAUUGGUCUUCUGUUGAUCUAAGAUGAUUAUUUUGUAAAAGACUUUCUAGUGUACAAGACACAACUGUGUCCAACUGUAUAUAGCCGCCAAUUAGUUUUCUUUGUUUUUACUUUGUCUUUUGCUAUCUGUGUUAUGACUCGAUGUGGAUUUGUGUUUAUACAAAUUUUAUUUGUAUGAUUUCAUGUUAAACCUCAAAUAAAUGCUUCCUUAUGUGAUUGUUUUUCUGCGUCAGGUACUAAAUAGCUCUGUAAAAGUGUAAUUUAAAAUAAGCAAUAAUUAAGGCACAGUUUAUUUUGUAGGGAGUAUUGGUCCAUAGGGAGAAACUGUGGUCCUUUAUGAAUAGCCAGCUACAGUGUCCCCCUGUUACCCAUUUUUGUUAGAUGUAUACUAUCCGCUAAGGCUUCAUUUCCCUGCUAAAAGAGAUUUCUACCACACCUUUAAUGUUCUUUGUGUAUCUGGAGGCCUUGUCAUAGGGUUGUCAGUAGUGGAGGUUUUCUAGCAGACCAUGAAUCUUUCUGGACUGUGUCUUGGUAAAGUGCACCUUUUAGCACAAAGCAUGUUGGUAGCUCCUUUCAUGAAUAGAAAAGAUGGUGCUUUGUUUCUGUCUCUGGGAAGCCAUUAGAGAUCUGCUAAAUCAGGAUCAGUGUGGUCUGUUAGAGCUUCGGCUGAUCAUAAUACCCUGACUUUGAUUUCUUGAUUAAAAUGUCCAGAUGUACCCAGGCAAAAGGCCCUGUUAAACUGUAUGUAGAAGCUACAGUUUAAGAGUAUCAAAAACAAAUUUUAACAAGCAUUUUGUCAGGUGGUUAAAAUUUGAGCAAAUGUGAGAUUGAGGUAUUUGAUGUAGUAGACUAGGCUGAGGAAAUACAGUUGUAUUCUGGUAUUGUCAAAGCAAGCACCAAACUGAACAAAAUGUUUUCUAUUGGGGCAUUUUUAGGAAGCUAUAUUGGGUGUUAACUGUUAAUGUGGUGUGAGUUCUUAGAAAAAGUCAUGGUAGUAGAUUUCAUCAUUUUUAAUGCGUUAGUGCAUGAGCCGAGUAGUUAAGCAUACCCAAAUUCAGAUAUAGGAAGGAGUAAUAGGAGAAAGUACACUUUAAGUUUUAUGUAUGUCAAUGCAAGUCUAAGUGACUGAGUCAUUAAGACAUCUUCCUGGUACAUCAAAAAGCAGUUUUAGCCCUAGAUUUGGGAUAAUUUCCUGGGUAAACCCAAGUUUUUGAAUUUUAACAUUCAGUGUAGUUGGAUUUAAGGAUUUUAACUUUUGUUUUCUGUGGUUCCACAUUAAGUUCUAGGAUUGGCAUACAUAUUCAAAUGUGUAGUAGUUGACCUCACCUUCAACCAGAUGUUAAUUUUUUAUGCUGAUGAACCUGCUUUUUGUUUCAUUUGGUGCCUGCAACUUUUCUCUGUUCAAUGAUGUUUGUACUUGCUGGCUAUCAAGUUACAAUGCACUUGGCCUCCUUUUGCAUCCUGUUUUGCUAUUUGACCUUAAACCUAGGCCAAGUACCAAUGUUGGGUUAUUGCGAGGGACUGUUCAUUAUAUCAACAUGCAACGUUAGGGAAGGAGGAAGAUUUUGAUUUUAAGUUAUGUUGUCAAAGUCUGUAGGUGCAGUGUCUCGAGGGCAGUGAAUCCUGUUCAAAUUUAUGAUUAGGUGAGAAGUUGACAUGGAGAUUGUCCUUUCCCUGAUCAAAAAUGAAUAAAGGCUUUUUAAACAAAA